UGUACGCUGCUUUCCAUGCGGCAGGGACGACAAGCGCCAUAAACAGGUAAACCACAGUCGUUUAGCUGCUCCUGCUUCCCCCUCAUAGAUGUGUUGUGUUUUUUUUCCUAAAGACAGUCCAUUUAAAUAGCAUCUCCAGUGAAACGCGACACCCUGUUCAGCAACAUGUAGCCUAUUUGAGGGUUGUAUUGAUCGAAAUAUAGCUUAUGCCACAGUCAGCUUUAGCUGGAUAUUUGUAAUAUCUUAUUAUAGGGAAUGUUUCUGUGUGAUGAAUUAUUUAUCUGAUGGCGACCGCAUGGGUAAAAUUACACCUGACUGCCAUUCUUUAAGGCGGUGUCAUUUGUUUUAAAGAGAAAGUCUCCAUGCAAUCAUUUGGGAUCAGUGUGUUUGUGUGUGCAGUCACGCUACAGUGAGGUCUCCUGUUUACUGGUUUAAAGAGGGGAUUUCUCCCCAUUGCGCUCCAACUGGGAGCCACAGCCGACACACAGCAAGGCGUUCAAGACUGACUGGGUUCACGGUUGCAGGAUCAGGUGGCUAUCAUGACCCUGACCAGAGGAUCUUUCACCUAUGCCAGCGGGGAAGAGUACCAUGGCGAGUGGAAAGAAGGUCGGAGGCACGGUGUUGGCCAGCUCAAGUUUCAAGACGGUACCUGCUACAGUGGCCAGUUUGAGAACGGCCUUUUUCAUGGCUCCGGCGUGCUGCUUUUUACAGAUGGAUCCAGGUACGAAGGAGACUUUGCACACGGGAAAUUUCAAGGCACGGGAGUGUUCAGUCGAUACGAUGGCAUGAAGUUUGAGGGAGAAUUCAAAGACGGACGCGUUGAGGGAUAUGGGCUGUUGACUUUCCCAGAUGGAGGUCACGGUGUUCCACGAAAUGAGGGCUUGUUUCAACACCACAAGCUGCAGAAGAGGGAGAAGUGUCUAGGAGUGGUGCAGCGGGCCCAGGCCUCAGCCUCCACUGCUCACAGCCUGGCAUUUUGACUGUUCUGGAUACUGAAGGAGACAAGCAGCGUUUCUGGAUCUUACAGAAGGGCCUCAGGGAUGUACGCCCCUCCCCAACUCCUGUCUGUGCAUCUUUACCUCUUCAUCAUCGUUAUCUUCAAUCUUUUUCCCUUUUCUGGAUCUUCCUCGCUCCACACUCACUGUGACCUGACAUUCAGAAUCAAGUUGACCAAAUAACAUCUUUUUGGAUGGCUGACUUGACAUGCACAACAGCAUUAGGCACACUUUUAACAUCCUAGUUCAUGUGAGCAGCGAAUGCUGCUUUUUCUCAAUUAUUGAUUGUACUCGGAACACGUGUCUUUGUGUUUUCCUCCAGAAUUGCUAGCCUUCUUACUUUAACCCACCACCAACAACGGAGACCUCUUCUUACAACUCUGCUGCACAUCUUGUUCUUGAAAGAGUUUGUAAAUUCAGUUUUUGCCCAAAACUGAACCGUUGCGCAGCUGUGGAUCCGUUGGUUAUUUUCCAGCCAGAAGAUCAAUAGCCCGUUCCACAGCUCCUCCUCGCGUUUAAGUGUUCUUGGCAAAAACACUUCCACUGCCCUUGACACGUUCAUCGGUGUGUGAUUGUACAGAAAAAAGUGCUGAAUAUAUAGAGAGCAUGUAUAGAAUAGGAAGAGCUGUAUAAAGGUGUGUGUAUGAAUGACUUGUAAAGUUUUCUAGAAGUUACAACAAGAUGUAAAGGCGCUAAAUAACUACAUUAAACUAAUUAGGUACAUUUACUGUAAAAAUAUUGCAAUCCUUAGCCUGGCCAGCCAUCUUAAUUCUUUUCAUCUCUAAUACAAAGAAUGAGUCUGGUUCCUCUGGAUUUGAGAUUUUCCGGGGGGGCAGUACCAAGGGAUGCAGAAGAAACUGCCUCUCGAAAUGAAGCAUGUGACGACAGCCACCUCGAUCGGUUUGAAUACUGGCUCUUGGAAGUUUCUAUACAAGACAUUGCAUAAUGUCCACACCGUUACAGUUUGUUUGGUACAUUCUGUACCAGUGAAAAUGGUUGUAAAUGGGAGGAAUGCCAGACCCAUUUCACAAGAGAGAAUUUUUGCCAAGAGAAUGGCAAUAGCAUGAAAUUUCAAGGUUCCCUGUGAAUAAAAGAAAAAUAAUCUUGUAAAAAUAACUGUUGUCCAUUUACGGAGCUCCACAGGGCACCCAGAAAGGGUCAUUUCAGUUUAAAGUGCUGCUGUAUAGUCUUCGAGGAAUCCAUUUUGUCACUGGUGCUUCUCUUCUUGGAAGAUCAGUAUUCACGUUUGCCUUAAAAAAGUCAUUAUUUAUUACUUUUUUAACAACAUCAGAGCUGAAGGGUGUCCACUGGAAGAUCAGACGAUGCCUGUCUAGCACCCUCAUGAAGUCUGCUUGAAGAUGGCCUUCACUUUCACAGACGCGUUGCUCAGCUGGUGCUCAAGGUGCUUCAGGUUUCGCUUCCAUCCCACACAAGCCCAGUAGAUGUCUUUGUUUCUAACAAACCUCCCUCUUCCAGCGGAAAUCACUGGAGUAGAAAUUUAAUUCAGUUUCUCAAUCGAGUAGAACGAUUUGGGUGACUGAUAAUGCUCAAUAGUGCUUAAAAACUACAUGCAUUGAAUAAGGGACUUAAAUCUUAAUUUAAAGAGCCAAGUGAAAUAAUUUAUAUCUCAAAUAUGUAUUUAAGAGUAUGUAAUGCAAAUGUUUUGGGUCUUUUUUCUGUCUGACUAAUCUGACUUUUCAUAUGAAUUAAUGAUUGGUCGGUUAAACAUGUUGUAAAGGUGUUUUUUAAGACAGUGUAGUUCAAUAUUUUUAAAUGGUUUGGAUAUACUAACUAUAAUUAUGUCCUAUAAUGUGUACUUUAUCAUUAUAAAUAAAUUAAUUUAGUAUACUUAUGAAGCAUUAGGAGAUGUGGUUUAACUAAGGUUGCCUACAAAAUUACAACCAAAGACAAUCAGAAGACAUAACGGUCUGAAAAAGCCUGGAUUAGAAACAUUCCCUCCUACACCUUAACAACAAAGAUAAGUCCGUUACAAAAAAACAAAAACUCCAUGGGGCUUUAAGUACACGUGAAAAUAAACACAACAGAAGAUUAAACACAGGGAAUUUAUGUGAUAUUCUGUUGAAAUUGUUCCUCUGAGUCUCGAACCAGGAUUAUUGCAGUUAAUGAUUUUCAGUGUUCUUAUAUUGAAAUGAGGGAAAAGAUGAACAGUCAACAUCAGUAGCGCAUGCUAGUGCUUUUGUACAUCUGUGUGCUACGAGUGAGUCUGGAGACAAAAAAGCAGAGCAGUGCAGGCGUCAUCGCCAUGUAAAAGCACACUUGAAUGUUUGCUGUGUGUGCAAUGACUGUAAUAUGCUGCAUUUUACAUCAUGUGACUUUUCUUUGCCUGCACACUCCUGCCUGGCUGUAAUUAAUACAUGAAUAUCAUACCUCCAUUUCCACCUGGAAACCAAAAAAAGGUGCUUUAAAAGUGUUUCUGUCCAGACUUUCAGUUGCCUGAAAUAUCAUUGCCAUGGUUACCUUUUUGAGAAUAAUAGUGUUGUUUGAGUGCUCUUAAAAAAAUAAUAAAGUGUCCUCUCUUUCUCCUGGAAUAGGCCUGACCAUGUAUCAUAGAGCUCUGUUAAUAAAGUAAUGUAUGACAUUAAA